ACCAAUUAUAAAUAAACCAAACUUAAGGGGCAAAAAUAUAAAUUCGAGAAAAUAAAAGCGAACAACUACUAAUACCAAAACCCCAUCUGCUUUCUCUCUCUAGCAUUCGUCGCCUCUUUCAGUUUUACACACAAACAGACUCUCAGGGGAUAUAGAUGGCCGGAAAAGGAGGGAAGGGACUUGUAGCAGGGAAGACACCUGCAUCAGCCUCAGCUAAUAAGGGGAAGGAUGACAAGAAAAGGCCGAUUUCUAGGUCUUCUCGUGCCGGUCUUCAGUUCCCAGUUGGUCGAAUUCAUCGUCAUCUGAAAACAAGGACUUCUGCCAAUGGUCGAGUUGGUGCCACAGCUGCUGUUUAUUCUGCUGCCAUCCUUGAAUACCUGACAGCUGAGGUACUUGAACUGGCUGGAAAUGCUAGCAAAGAUCUUAAGGUGAAGAGAAUCACGCCAAGGCAUCUGCAGCUGGCUAUUCGCGGAGAUGAAGAGCUUGACACCCUCAUCAAAGGAACUAUUGCCGGAGGUGGUGUUAUUCCCCACAUUCACAAAUCUCUCAUUAACAAAACCACCAAAGAAUAGGUUAUUUCGUCUCUUGGUUCCACCGUGUUCAAGUUUCAAUAGUGUGGUCUCCUAUGACUUAGUUUGGUUUCUACUAUGACUUAGUUCCUGUUAAGCUGCACUGGAUUCUCGUAGUUUUAGUCUAGACAUUCUUAGGUAUAUAAUUCUCAUCAUCUGUGUUCUUUUGUUCCGCAGCUUUAAUUAGGAAGAGAAUUAUUAGAUCGGGAUUCUAUUUUAAAUUCUUGUUUGCUAA